AUGAUAAGCGCCGAUCCCGACGAGCCUCUCCACGUGUUCGAUCUCCCUCAGAUCCACACUAAACCCUCCGGCACUGAGCUCAUUCAAGCUCUCGACCUACUAACAGUCAAACCGCGGAGUUUCGGGCCCGUAGCCCAUGUAGCGACAAAGGGCCGGACCGUGCAGCCUGCUGGAGUGACCCGCUAUCUGACAUCCAUCAUCGCCAGCCCGCUGGCAUGGCUCGACACUGACGAGCUCCGAGAGGCCGUCUGGGAUGCCGCUGCAGCCCGACUUAGCGAGCGCUCCGGUCGAACCGCCAUGCCCGCCAUGUCCCGAGUCUUCAGCAUCCCUAGUACCACAUCCGAUGGACUCGAAGUCGAAGAAUUUACACUGACCCUCCACGAACCCUCCCUAACAGCCGACAACCUGGGCAUGAAAACCUGGGUCUCCUCAUACCUCCUCUCCCGCCGCCUUCACAACCUCCUCGAAUCGCCCCCCAACCUCGUCCCCUCGACCUCCACCACUCCUCAACUCCGUCCAGACAACAACAAGACCCUCCGCGCCCUCGAACUCGGCGCCGGAACAGGGCUCGUAGGCCUCUCCUUCGCCGCUUUGCGCGGCUCCUCAGCCACCAUCCAUCUCACAGACCUCCCGGACAUUGUGCCCAACCUGGCCCACAACGCGGCUCUCAACGUCGAAUUGCUCAAUCGGACGGGCGGUGCCGUCACAACGGGUGUUCUUGAUUGGACCGUUACCCCGGACCCGCUGCCCACUGCACAAGAGCAGUACGAUCUCAUUCUUGCUGCGGAUCCGUUGUAUUCGCCUAGUCAUCCAAAGUUGCUGGUCGACACGAUCACGCAUUGGCUGAGUAGGGGGCUGGAUGCCCGUGUUGUGCUGGAAAUGCCACUCCGGGAUGCGUAUCUGCCUCAGGUGCAGGAGCUGCGGGAUCGGAUGGGACGGUUGGGGCUGGCGGUGGUGGAUGAGGGCGAGGAGAUUGGCUAUGAUGAUUGGGAGUCGGCGGACGGGGGCGCGUUGGAGGUGAAGUGUUGGUGGUCAGUUUGGGGAUGGAGCGAGAAGCUCUAG